AUAUAACUCAUUAAAUAUGUAUGUAAAAAUUAAUUUUGGCACAAAAUUUAAUACGUAAUUACAAUAUAAAGUAAAGUAAUUGUAGUUGAUUGUUAUCGUGAUUGUAGCGUGAAUUGGUUCGUUUGUUUGACAUGUUUUUGAGGAUUUGCGUUUUAGUUUUAUUAAGUUCGUUGCGUUACGUGAUUUUCAUGAUAAGAAUUGGUAAUUAUUUCCUCUUUGGGUGCAUUUGAUUGACGUCGAGCGACCCAAAGAGCAGAAGAUCGGAUUACAAGAUGGCGCCCAGUGGACGUUAGCGAGGAGGCCGCCGUAGUUGUUGUCUUCCUGGCAUUUUUUUAAAAAAACUAUUCCGAACGAGGGCUCCACUUUGACUUUUUCCGUCGCCGGGUAUGCUAAGGAGGCAGUAGGCAUUUCUCCAGCACUUUGGUUUCACGCUGCAUGUUCCAUAACAUGCGGCUGCAAACAAAGUUGUCAGGCUAGGGAGGAAAACAGAAAGACGGCGAAAGGCGUAGUAGCUCGUUAGCAGUACAGCUAGCCUGCUAGCUCCCGGACUCCCUUCACAAUGUCGGACACUCGGCGGCGUGUGAAGGUUUAUACGCUGAACGAAGACCGACAGUGGGACGAUCGGGGUACCGGGCACGUUUCGUCCACCUUUGUGGAGCGCCUCAAGGGGAUAUCUUUAUUGGUUCGUGCCGAAUCGGACGGAUCACUUUUGUUAGAGUCGAAGAUUAGCCCCAAUACUGCAUAUCAAAAACAACAGGACACGCUGAUCGUCUGGUCCGAGGCCGACAAUUAUGAUCUGGCUUUGAGUUUCCAGGAGAAGGCAGGCUGCGAUGAGAUCUGGGAGAAGAUUUGCCAGGUGCAAGGGAAGGACCCCGCUCUGGACAUCACCCAGGACCCCAUUGACGAGUCAGAGGAGGAGCGUUUUGAGGAGAUCCCAGAGACAAGCCACCUCGUCGAGCUGCCCCCCUGCGAGCUGAGCCGCCUGGAGGAGAUAGCCGACCUGGUGACGUCGGUGUUGUCGUCGCCCAUCCGUAGGGAAAAACUGGCUUUGGCCCUCAUGAACGAAGGCUACCUCAAGAAACUGCUGGGCCUCUUCAGAGUGUGCGAGGACCUGGACAACAGGGAAGGCCUCCAUCACCUCUAUGAGAUCGUCCGGGGCGUCCUGUUCCUCAACAAAGCCGCCCUCUUUGAGGUGAUGUUCUCCGACGACUGCAUCAUGGACGUGGUGGGCUGUCUGGAGUACGACCCUGCGCUGGUCCAGCCCAAGCGGCACCGGGAGUUCUUGACCAAGACGGCAAAGUUCAAGGAGGUCAUCCCCAUCACGGACUCUGAGCUACGGCAGAAGAUCCACCAGACCUACCGUGUGCAGUACAUCCAGGACAUCAUCCUUCCCACGCCUUCGGUUUUUGAGGAGAACUUCUUGUCCACGCUUAACUCCUUCAUCUUCUUCAACAAGGUGGAGAUCGUCAGUAUGUUGCAGGAGGAUGAGAAGUUCCUCACUGAGGUUUUUGCACAGCUCACAGAUGAAUCCACAGAGGAGAGUAAACGGCGGGAACUUGUGAACUUCGUCAAGGAGUUCUGUGCGUUCUCGCAAACGCUGCAGCCUCAAAACAGGGACGCCUUCUUCAAAAUGCUGGCAAAUCUCGGCAUUUUGCCUGCGCUGGAAAUAGUCAUGGGAAUGGAUGACCUGCAGGUGAGGGCGGCGGCCACAGACAUCUUCUCCUACCUGGUGGAAUUCAGCCCGUCCAUGGUCAGAGAGUUUGUCAUGCAGGAGCCACAGCAGACUGAUGAUGACGUGCUCCUCAUCAAUGUCGUCAUCAAGCAAAUGAUUUGCGACUCUGACCCCGAGUUAGGCGGCGCCGUCCAGCUGAUGGGGCUGCUCAGGACGCUAAUCGACCCUGAAAACAUGCUGGCCUCCACCAAUAAAACGGAAAAGACGGAAUUCCUGAGUUUCUUCUACAAGUACUGCAUGCACGUUCUAACCGCACCGCUGCUGGCCAACACGGCUCAUGACAAAAACUCAAAGGGUGAGCGGGGCUGCAGACAUGCUACGUUCUCAAUGUGUGCGACAAAUGGAGGUUCUCACUCUUUUAUGCUUGCUUUUUCCAAAGAUUUACAAGAGGGAUCCACCAAGAUCAACCCUGUGUGUCCAGAUAACUUUCAGACGGCUCAGCUGUUGGCGCUGAUCCUGGAGCUGCUGACCUUCUGUGUGGAGCACCACACGUACCACAUCAAGACCUACAUCAUGAAUAAAGACCUGCUGAGGAGAGUGCUUGUGCUCAUGAACUCCAAGCACACCUUCCUUGCUCUUUGCGCCCUGCGUUUCAUGCGCAGGAUCAUCGGUCUCAAGGACGAGUACUACAACCGCUACAUCAUCAAAGGGAACCUGUUUGAGCCGGUCAUCAACGCCCUGCUGGACAACGGCACGCGAUACAACCUCCUCAACUCGGCCAUCAUCGAGCUCUUUGAGUUCAUCAAAGUGGAGGACGUCAAGUCCCUCAUUGCUCACAUCGUGGACAACUUCUACAAAGCACUUGAAUCCAUCGAGUACGUGCAGACCUUCAAGGGCCUGAAAGAUCGAUACGAGCAGGAGAAAGACAGGCAGAGUCAGAAGCUCACAAGAUUUCGCAGAGAUGCUCGAUCUUUGGACGAGGACGAAGAGCUGUGGUUGAACGACGAGGAAGACGACGACGAAGCAGACGCCGUGGACAAGAGCCGAAUGGAGGACGACUACUCUGACGGCUACGGCAAAUACAUGGAGGCCAAAAAAGCAGGCGCCGCCAACGGAGCCAACAACGGCAAAGCCGCCGCUCUCCCGCCAUCCUCGCCCGCCGCCACACCCAACAACAGCUCGACAUCCUCGGUCAAGACGGUCGCUCUGCCCGCCUCUCCUGUAGUGAAGACGACUCUGGUUGGCUUGGUGGACUACCCUGACGACGAGGAUGAAGAGGAAGAAGACGAGGAGGAGCACUCCCCGAGAAAGCGUCCCCGCCUGAGCUGUUAAGGCUGAAUGUCCCCCCCAGUGUCGCGUAGGUCCCGCCGGGACGGGCGUCACGGUCCCUCCUGUUCUCUAGCUGGACUUGGUCACUGGUGCCCCCCCUGGAACUGUUCGGACCACGUCAAGGCGGAAUUAAGACCACCUCGCUCCAUUCCUCCUCCCGAGGACCUUCACUAACCUUUAACUAACUCACGGCUCGCCUCCUCCAUCGCCGUCCCAGGUCUGACCCACACUGUCCUCCUAGCCCUCCACACCGACGCCACCAGAGAGGCUACAGCGGAAAUACAAGUGCCAAGGCCGUCUCCUGUUUGCUGCCUCUGUUGCUAUAGCAACAGAGGCUAAUGUGCUACAGGAAUCGCCUCAUCCCCACCUCCCUCCCCCCAUCCAAGCCCGAGCCGCUGAGCUACGCGAUGGAGGCAGCCCGUGGACACACCGUGCCACAGGCCAGUCAGGCUAGCAGGACUAGCCCUCGUAGUUGUUAGGACGCUUGACUGGCCGCUCCAUGUCGUUGGUCACGCAUGUCCAACUGUGAACCAGGAACACAGGAGCAGGACUCAACGCCACAAGACACGUCUCAGGCGACCAGGGAUCCCGUAUUUCACCACUUUUGUUAAAAAGUACUGUACAGAUGAUGAUUUUUUUUUUCCCUUUUGCCUCUUUUUAAAUCAUUUGCCCGUUUCAUUUGGAAAGGGGGACAGCAAUACUCACCCAACUGUUUUUUUUUUUUUUAAUUUGUAAUCAUCGCACAGCGGUGGUGUCAUUGUUCUCCCUUUCAGUCCAGUUCCUUUGAUUCAAUGUAAGUUGCAAAUGCUGGUUUUAAAAAAACAAACAAACAUUAAAACUGCAGUAAAUUCACUUUUGCAGCCAACA